AUGCUGCUGCACGUGCGGCAGGAGCUGAUGGAGGGCGACUUUGCCAGCAACAUGAAGCUGCUGCAGCGCUACCCGCCGGUGGACGUGCACGUCAUCCUGAGUCGCGCAGAGGCGCUCAAGCACGGCAAGACCGUCAUCGUGCUCGACUGA